AUGUGGGCAACAUGUGACGAAGCAAGACCAGCACGCAGGAGCGAUCAGGGUGAGUUAGUGCUGUGGUAUUGGCUGAUCAGCAUAGCCUACCGAGAGGAUACAUAUCCAGCUGAGAGGAAUUGUCAAAAGAAUAACAGUACACUGCCCGAGCACCGUCAUAGGGAGCAGGCCAAGAUCAACCUUCGACUGGAGAAGAGUGAGUCGUUGUUUAGCACACAGCGAGUGCCAGAGCUGUGCCAACAGCUGGAAAUUGUCGAGCCCCGCCAACCAGAGAGAGCUUGGGACCAAAAAGAUGAAGAAAGGCGAUAUCGAGGUCCACAGACGGCACCACACGUGGCUAGCAAGCCUCAAACGAUGGAUGGAUGGUAUGAGAUGCUGCUGGCUGGGCUAGGUGUGAACGCAAGUCCUGGAUCGAUGCGCUAA